GGGACACCCGCGGGAGCACCUAGGAACUCGCACACCAACGUCACACCAUCGAUUUCCGCCUACUCAUGCCCACAAACACAGCCAUAGAAGAAAUUGUUUUUGCGGGACAAGGUGAAGGAAAAAUCGGCACAAAUUCUAUAAAUUUAAGGCGCCAUUCGUUACAGUUGGUAGUUGUGGACGGAAGGUAGUGAAUAGUGGACUAGCAGUAGAAUUUGUUUUGCCAAAUAAAGGGUUUGGGGCUUACAAGUGGUUCAGUGCAUGAGUACCCUAAUCCUCAGGAUUUGUUUAUGUUAUUAACUUAAUACCACUUUUGGAAUAAUCAAUACUUCUUCGUUCUAUCCAUUGACCACCUGGACAAAACUUGACCAAAAUGAAGAAACUAUCAGUAAGUUUGCUAGUAUUCAUGGGAUCGCUGAUACUUUCUUCAGCGGAUAUAUCCACACCAAUCAUAGGAAUCCUGACCCAGGAGGUUUAUACCGAUGGCCUCAUCUCGCGCCACUUCGAGAACAAGACAAGUUAUAUCGCCGCUUCGUAUGUGAAGUAUCUAGAAGGAGCUGGAGCCCAAGUGGUGCCAAUUUGGAUUGGUCGCAAUCGCAGCUACUACGAAGAUCUCAUGCAGAAGAUAAACGGGGUUUUGUUGCCUGGCGGUUCUACUUGGUUUAAUCAGACCAACGGCUAUGGCGAUGCCGGCGAGCAUCUUAUCCAGUUGGCAGUAGAAUUAAAUGAUCGCGGAACUUUUAUGCCGGUUUGGGGCACAUGUUUGGGAAUGGAAUUGUUGGUAUACAAGCUGGCAAAUGGACCAGAGCAUCGGAUCGAUUGUAAGGGAAAGGGCAUUGCACUUCCCAUGGAGUUUAAAGAAGAUUACGCCAAAAGCCGACUUUUUGCCACCAUUAGUGAUGAUAUUGUAGACCUCAUGGUCAAAGAAAAUGUAACCUACCAUUGGCAUCAGUUUUGUUACACCGAAGAGGACUUUGCAAGAGAUCUCCUAAAUGAAACGUGGCGAGUUAUAUCCUUAAAUCGCGACCUAAACGGAGUUGAGUUUAUUUCUACAAUGGAGCACUUGAAGUAUCCGUUUUAUGGCGUCCAAUUUCACCCAGAGAAGCCCCUUUACGAGUUCACCAAGACGAGUAUUCCUCAUUCAGCUGCUGCCGUUAUAAGUGGUCAGUUCUUUGCCGAUUUCAUAGUGAGCGAGGCGAGAAAAAGCCCAAAUAGCUUCUCAAACUCUACGGAAGAGGCCAGGACCCUUAUUUACAACUACAAACCGGAGUACACAUCGAUAUUGGGAUCUUCCUUUGUGCAGCAAUAUUUGUUUACCAAUGAGGAAAUGGGAAUUGAAGUUCCUGAAAUACCUGAUGAGGGCGGCGAUGGCGAGGAAGGGGGUAGUAACUACUAUCCUCCCUACUAUGACCACAAUGGUGGUGGUGCCUCUAGUAUAGUGCCACUAGUUAGUGGUUUUCUCCUGACUAUGCUGAUUUUAGCAAUGAACUGAUUUUAAAAUUGAGUUGAUAAUCUUCAGUUAACUAAUGUAUUUGCUGGUCUUGCCUGGAAACAAUGUGUUCGCCCUUCGGCACUCGACACUACAAGUGGAACUAAUACCUUUUGUGAUUUACUCGAUUUUAUACCGAUAUCAAAAUGCUAUUAUUAUUUACAAUGUGUCAUAUAUGUAUAAAAUAGAAACAAAUUUAUCAUCAUUUGAAGUUUUAAAGAUAAUAAACACCAAUCAAUUGAUAUUACCAACAGAA